AUGGCUCAGUGGAAGAGCACUUCCUUUUGGAAACUGACUGGUCUGCAGAGUCAGUUCCCGGGAUACGACUUUAAAGCGCUAAAGGCUGUCACCGUGCAGAGAGGACUCUGCGUUCACAUUCCCUGCAACUUCACUUAUCCAGCUUCUGAGGAUCUGUAUCCUGUGAAAUUAUACGUCUACUGGGUUAAGAAUGAUCGUGUUGAGUCCUAUAUUCGCAACACCAGGCAUGAAAAUACUGGUAGUAUUGUUGCCAGUAGUGACAAAGAUCAAAGCAUUGCCCCAUUUGCUGGGAAUCGUUUCCAGUUGACUGGAAACCCAGCAGAAGGUGACUGUUCCUUUAGGAUCAAUGAUGUUCAGAAUCAGGAUGCAGGGCAGUACUAUUUUCGAAUUGAGAAAGGACAGAUAAAAUUCAGCUAUCGUGAUUCUUAUAUUUUACCUGUUGUUUCUGUGACAGAGCUGACAGAGAAGCCAAAGAUCCUGAACUCCCCAGAGGUGGUUUUGGGGAAGAGCGUCACCCUCAUCUGCCAGGCGCCAGGGACCUGCCCAUGGAAAGAAUCACGGAGCCAGCCUCAGAUUUCAUGGAAUUUUUCCAUGCAUGAAGAAACGCUGGUGGUCCGAGAAGGUGACACCUUCAGCCUGCUUUGUGAAGCUCAGGGCAAACCUAUUCCCUCCGUGACAUGGAUGAAGAACACCAAGACUCAAAACAACCAUAUUCAUGGCAGUAAAGAUACUCUUCAACUGUCCAACAUUAAAUCAGAGGAUGCUGGGAUGUAUGGAUGUCAGGCAGAGAAUCCACAUGGCUCAGUCAGGAAGAAUCUUUCAGUGAUUGUGCAGUAUGCCCCCAAGCUCAGCAAAAAACCCCAGAAAAACACUACCUGUUGGCGUAAGGACAAUGGCAUCCUCUGCAACUGUUCCCUGCACUCCAAGCCUCCACCUCAGAUCCAUUGGCAACUGGAUGGGAUGACUGUUGCUGAUAACAGCAGCACGGCAAACCUGAAAGUCUCUUCCUCAGUCCAGAAGAAUGAGGUCACCAGCUCCCUAAUUUGGACAGGUAGUCCGGAUGGCAACCUCAGCAUCAUCUGUCUUGGGAACAAUUCUCUGGGAGUCUACACAAUGCAAUUCCACCUUAGUUCCUUGAAAACAGCUUCUUCCGAGUUGAUUGUUCCCUUGGUGGUAGGCCUCAUCCUGAUGAAGGUCUUGUUUUGUUUCAUGUUCUUUUUCUUGGCCUUUUGGUAUUCGAACCGGAGGAAGGCUCCAUUGACCCAAGAGGGCAGAAGGAAGCAAAAAGAAUGAUGGUGACUGGAUCUCCUGCUGUUCCUUUGCUCAGUGGAGGGACAGCAUCACAAUAUCGCUGUGCACUCCCAGGUGUCAUUGGUCCAGGCAAUGAAAGAGCAUCCAUAAGUUUAUUUCAAAUGAAAGAGGAAGAGCAUGGA